AUGCUGGAGAGAGUAGUGUUGCUUGUUAAUAGAAAGCAUUUUGCUUGCCGUAAUAUUGUUACCAUUUCAUCUGAAUUCUUUAAUAAAGAUAGACAGGUUGGUCUACGUAAAUGGACGGAAAUAUUUGAUCUAAAUUCUAGAUUCUGUGGAAAUUUUUCAAAUAAUAUAUUGAAUCAUAAAAGGUUCCAUAGUUACCACUCGGCCCCGCACCGCCCCGGGACAGAUCGUCGCGAUGAUCUUGGUUGGCGCGCCGUAUUGUCCGAUGCUGAACAGAUCGUGGGCUACCCCACGUCCUUCCUCAACCUGCGAUGGUUGUUCAACGAUGAGAUUGCUGUCGUCGCCACACACCUGCGGAAGCUAGUUGGAACGAACCAUCCUCUCCUGAAGACAGCAAAAAAUAUCCUGAUAGGAUCACGGAGCAAUCUCCAGUCGGUCGGCCUAAUAGUGCUACUGGUUUCGAAAGCUGCCUCGUUCAACCCUAGAGAUUACACGCCGGACCAACACGACUCUGGAGUUCUUUACGCUCAACGAGCCCUAGCCGAGAUUGUGGAGAUGAAGAGAACUGGCCAUUUGAUACACAAGACAAUGGCCAACCUCCAGGACAAAGAGAAGCAUGGCGAGAAGUUCAAAGAUCUGCUUUGUGGGAAUAAAAUUGUGUUGUUAACUGGAGAUUACCUACUGGCGACAUGCCUCCGCCAUCUUGGCGGCUUACGUAACAACGAGGUGACUGAGCUCAUCUCCACGGGUCUACGAGACUUGGUGGAAGGCGACUUCCUUGGCGAAAGAGAUGCCGACAACAAUCCCCUACCGUCAAAGCCCAAAGCUAACAACGAAAUUAAAAGACACUACGACUGGGAAAAUGAGAAUAAUCUCGGUAAACUUGGCUCCAAUGAAUUCCUCGGCCAAGGAAAAGACGAGUGGAUACUCCGCACAAUGUUGACAUCCGGAAGUUUACUGGCCAAGGGUUGUCAAGCAGCUAUGAAGCUUAGCAAGCGAGGAGAGGAAUUGGAAAGAGAGGCCUACAAACUUGGCGGACACUUGGCAAUGAUCUGGCAAUUGUAUUUAGACGUGAAAGACUUUUUCACACACCCAGACUCUUAUUCCCUAGUCGGAGCUCCAGUGAUAUUGGCUAUAUGGGAAUAUCCAACUUUAUAUGGUCAUAUUUUAGAGGCCAAGUUGGAAAAGAAGGAGAUAGAACUCAAACCUUUGCACUAUGCCGUGCUGGGCACGAGAUCUCUUGAGUAUUUGAAACAGUUCCUCGACGAGGAAUUGGCGGCAGCACUACAGUGUUGUGAGAAAUUUCCCGUAGAAGAGGCAAGGGUCGCUUUGCAGAAAAUGGCUAUAUCUGUCCAUAGUGAGGCUGUGCAAUAUAUAGAUACAUGA